AUGGUCGCAAAGAGCAGUCAACUACAAUUAAGUGACUGUGGAUUGAAUUUAAGACGCCCAGCAUACACUGAUAUCUCAGUAACUUGCGGCACAAAAUCUAUUGGCCUGGCUAUCCUCAUCUGCCCUGCCAUUUACACUGGCUACAACGAGUCCCUGCUUAUCCUCAACAGCCUCAUGAAUGACCCAGCCUGCAAGGGAACCCUGGAUGAAAGUGUGACUCCACCGGUCGUGAGGUUUGAAUUCACCAUCAACACGACCAAUUCUUGUGGCAGCCUCUUCAGGACAACCAGCGCUCCAGGCACAGGGAUAUUUUCUGACUUCUCCAACAUCCAGACAGUCAACAUCAGCGGUGUGGUCCGAUCAUAUGAUCCCACCACAGGGACAGUCACUUACAACACUGAGUUGAAGUAUUUUUACUCCUGUGCCUAUCCCCUAGAGUACCUGAUCAACAACACCCUAAUUGAUGUGUCAGCAUCCUCCAUUGCAGUGAAGGACAAUAAUGGUAGUUUCAUCAGCACUUUGAGACUUGAACUCUUCAGUGAUGUCAACUACACUACUCCCAUGGUCAUUCCAAAACUGGGUCUUGAGCUGAGAACCAAAGUGUAUGCGCAAGUCAAGGCCACCAACCUGACCACCCAGUACAAUGUGCUCCUGGACCGAUGCUACGCCUCCAUUUCUCCUCUACCCACUAACUCCACUUUCUUCAACCUGUUUGUCCCUUGCAACAAGGAACAGAUGACCACCAUGCAUGAGAACGGGAAUAGUCAUAAUGCCCGCUUCUCCUUCCCGGCCUUCCGCUUCAUCGAGCAGCAGAAUGAGACCGUGUCCACCUACUUCCUACACUGCAUCACCCGUCUCUGUGAGAAGAGCAGCUGCAGUAGCUUCAUGCAAUGUAACAGCAGGAGGAGAAGGGGUGUUGUUCCUGCUACCGAAGAUGGAGUGACAGAGUACAAAACCCUCACCUCCCCUCCCAUUACCACUAAAGCAGAGAGCAUUGUAGCUUCAAAAGAACAACUCAUGGGCAGCAACAACUCUAACUCCACUUCAGGUCUUGCGGUGACAGUGGGCUUCCUGGCCUUCGCCUGCAUCAUCGCCAUUGUGAUAGCAGCGGUCUUCUACAAGAGGCUCAACCAUUAA